GAAACCAAUCAGCGAACUCCAACGAUCUCGACCAAUCUCGAAGUUCAAGGUUGAAAAUGGCGUCUUCCAGCGGAUGGAGAUGUGUAUCGGUGCUGCUUUUUGCAUUAUUUCUCCUGUCGGUUCAUUGUUCGGACAGUAAAGCGAAAAAGAAGAAGGACAUUCGGGAUUACAAUGACGCGGAUAUGGCGAGGCUGCUGGAGCAGUGGGAGAAAGAUGAUGACAUUGAAGAGGAGGAUUUGCCAGAGCACCGAAGACCCUCCCCUCCUAUCGACUUCUCUAAAGUGGACCCUUCCAAACCUGAAGAUCUCCUGAAGAUGUCUAAGAAGGGAAAGACCUUGAUGGUGUUUGCGACCGUGUCUGGAAACCCUACGGAGAAGGAAACCGAGGAGAUCACCAGCCUGUGGCAGUCCAGCCUCUUCAACGCCAACUAUGAUAUUCAGAGGUUUGUUGUGGGCUCCAACCGCGUCAUCUUCAUGCUACGUGAUGGCAGCUAUGCGUGGGAGAUUAAAGACUUCCUGACCCUCCAGGAGCGCUGUGAGGACGUGACUGUGGAGGGCCAGGUGUUUCCUGGGAAAGCAGCCAACAAAGCCAACAAGACAAAUAAGGAGAAAGAGCAAAAAGAGACCAAGAAGAAGAAAGACAAGAACACAGCCAACCGAGUAAAUAAAAGCAAACAGGAGCUAUGACUGCACUGAUACCGACAAGGUUUGUGGAGCAGAACAAAGGCAGGAUGACGCCUAAAACAGUGACUACACUUUGAGAAGAACUAAUGAGCCCAGCUGUCAAGAGUGGUCAGAUCCGUAGCACCUCAUUUCUAUACAUGGUUAAAUAAAUGAUACCAUGCAGCUGCUCCUACAUCAUUAUUUGCUUACAGAAGGUACUCAUUUUAAGAUCCUUCAGAAAGAAUCUCGAUCGGGUUAGUGUUUGGUUUUUUUGGUUCCUCGUUGUUUAGUGGAACAACACUGAAGUAGAACAUUCAAGUUUUCACAUAAUUCUACUUGUAUCUCUCUAUUAGAAAUCACUUAAAUUCAACAUAUUGAAUUUUGAAUCACAAUAAAACCAAUUUGUAAAAAAUAUUUAA